GUCGCUGCGACAGCUGCACCCCCAAGCAUACCUGAAGCCCCCCCAGCACACCACCGAGCACACCGUCAUCGAGUCUUCUCCAGCCCUCUCCAGCCAUGUCCAACGACUUUCUUCGUCAAGAGCAGCAGUACUUUGACCAGGAGGUCGCCCAGAUGACGCAGUGGUGGUCCUCGCCGCGGUUUGCGCAAGUCAAGCGGCCCUACACGGCCGAAGAGGUCGUCGCAAAGAGAGGCACUCUGCACCAGUCUUAUGCCUCCAACGACCAGGCCAAGAAGCUCUGGUCGGUCUUGAUGAAGCACAAGGCCAACCGAACCGCCUCGCACACCUUUGGUGCCCUCGAUACCGUCCAGGUCACCCAGAUGGCAAAAUACCUCGAGACCGUGUAUGUCUCUGGCUGGCAGUGCUCGUCUACUGCCUCCACCAGCAACGAGCCCGGCCCGGAUCUCGCUGACUACCCGAUGGACACUGUCCCCAACAAGGUCGAGCAGUUGUUCAUGGCCCAGAACUUCCAUGACCGCCGACAGCGCGAGGACCGCUUCACCCGCAGCCCACAGGAGCGUGCCAAGCUCAAGUAUGUCGACUAUCUGCGCCCCAUCAUCGCCGACGGCGACACUGGCCACGGCGGCAUCACUGCCACCAUGAAGCUCGCCAAGAUGAUGGUGGAGCGCGGCGCUGCCGGUAUGCAUCUGGAAGACCAGGCUCCCGGAACCAAAAAGUGCGGCCACAUGGCCGGCAAAGUGCUCGUGCCUGUCCAGGAGCACAUCAACCGCCUGGUGGCCGUCCGCCUCCAGUACGACAUCAUGGGCGUCGAGAACAUCAUCGUCGCCCGUACCGACGCCGAGGCCGCCACCCUCAUCACCUCGAACAUCGAUCGCCGCGACCAUCCCUUCAUCAUUGGAGCCACCAAUGCCCGUCUGCCUUCCCUCGCUGCCGCCAUGGACGAGGCCGAGAGGCGCGGGGUGCGCGGCGAUGAGCUGCAGAAGGUCGAAGACAAGUGGGUCCAGGACGCCGGCCUGAUGACCUAUGGCGAGGCCGUUGUUCACGCCAUUCGCACCUCUAGCCACCCUCGCAAGGACGGCCUGGUUGCCGAGUGGAACCAAAAGUACCGCAAGCUGUCCCAGACCGAGGCGCACGCCCUCGCCGUCUCUCUUGGCUUUGACCCCUACUGGAAUGCCGAGCAUGCCCGUGUCCGCGAGGGCUACUACCGCUACCAAGCCUCGACCCAGUGCUGCGUGAUGCGCGCCGUCGCCUAUGCCCCAUAUGCCGACCUGCUCUGGAUGGAGACCAAGUCGCCCAUUUUCGCCCAGGCCAAGGAGUUUGCUGCGGGCGUAUUUGCCGAACGACCCAACACCAUGCUUGCCUACAACCUGUCGCCCUCCUUCAACUGGGACUCUGCUGGCAUGUCGGACCAGCAGAUCCGCAGCUUCAUUGCCGACCUCGGCUCCCUCGGAUUUGUCUGGCAGUUCAUUACGCUUGCAGGAUUCCACUCGGAUGCCCUGAUCGUCGACACAUUUGCUCGGGAGUACGCCAGAAACGGCAUGCUCGCCUAUGUACAGAUGAUCCAGCGCCAGGAGCGCGAGAACGGAGUCGAGACCCUCGCCCACCAGAAAUGGUCCGGUGCCGAGUAUGCCGACAGUCUCAUCAAGACCGUCCAAGGCGGUGUGGUUUCGACUGCGGCAAUGGGCAAGGGCGUCACAGAAGAGCAGUUCGGAAGCAAGCUGUAGUUGCGCUCGCUCAGCUUGCUGCAUCGCCGGCGCUGGGUCUAAGCUGAGCAGCACUUUGUACUCGUGCGUGACACUUGUCUCAGUUCCAUUCGUCCCAGUCCUUUGUGUUUUCGGUACCAUGAAACCGCCAUGAAUUUGCCAUGAAUUUGCCAUGCUUACCCUCCCUGACACUCUGGCUGAGAAAGAAAUGCUCCGAACGU